GGGGGAUUGGGGAGGGUUUAUGUUUAUCGGGAAGCUACGCACGUACACGCUCCUUUGAGGUAAAGGUAAGCCAAAGGUAGGUGUAGGUGUCUCUCUGUAAUAAUUCACUGCACAUGGACUUGGAGUUACCAAAGAUUCCUUUCAGCUAGCCAGAUCGAACAUUCUCUCUACAGAUUUUAAGCGCCUUCUCUGAUAUCUUUUCCAAGGGUGGAGGUCGGGUAGAAUGAUGGCUACAGAAGAUGAUCAGAUGCAAGGACCAAUCGUCAGUGAGGAAAAGAUUUAUGUUUCUGUUCGUAUGCGACCUUUAAACGACAAGGAACGUUUACGGAACGAUGUCCCCGACUGGGACUGCAUCAACGACACCACUAUCAUUUACAGGAGCCAUCUUUCUAUCUCUGACCGUUCCAUGUAUCCUUCUGCUUACACUUUUGACAGAGUGUUUGGCCCUGACAGUUGUACGAGGCAGGUUUAUGACCAAGGGGCCAAGGAAGUUGCUUUCUCUGUUGUCACUGGCGUUAAUGCUAGUGUAUUUGCAUAUGGGCAAACAAGCAGUGGAAAGACUUACACUAUGAGCGGAAUUACUGAUUGCGCCUUGUUUGAUAUAUAUGACUACAUUGGCAAGCACAAAGAAAGAGAAUUCAUUCUAAAGUUCUCUGCCAUGGAGAUCUACAAUGAGUCUGUAAGAGAUCUCUUAAGUACAGAUACUAGUCCACUCAGACUUUUAGAUGACCCUGAGAAAGGGACAGUUGUUGAGAAACUCACAGAGGAAACUCUGCGCGACUGGAAUCAUUUCAAGGAGCUCCUAUCUGUCUGCGAAGCUCAACGGCAAAUUGGAGAGACAGCUCUAAAUGAAGUUAGCUCCCGGUCUCAUCAGAUUUUGAGAUUUACAGUUGAAAGCUCGGCUCGUGAAUUUUCCACCAGUGAUAAGUUUAGUACACUUACAGCGACAGUGAACUUCAUUGAUCUUGCUGGAAGUGAACGUGCAUCUCAAUCAUUAUCAGCCGGCACAAGGUUAAAAGAAGGUUGUCAUAUAAAUCGAAGUUUGUUAACACUGGGAACUGUGAUACGUAAACUAAGUAAAGGAAAAACUGGGCACAUUCCAUUCAGAGAUUCAAAACUAACACGCAUACUUCAGUCUUCUUUGGGAGGAAAUGCAAGAACUGCCAUUAUUUGCACUAUGAGUCCUGCGAGAAUCCAUGUUGAGCAAUCCAGAAACACACUGUUGUUUGCGAGCUGCGCAAAGGAGGUGACAACAAAUGCACAAGUCAAUAUUGUCAUGUCUGAUAAAGCUUUAGUAAAACACUUGCAGAGGGAGUUGGCUAAACUGGAAAGUGAGUUGAGAAGCCCUGGCCAGGCGUCGAUUGUUUCUGACACAACUGCAUUACUGACAGAGAAAGACCUCGAGGUUGAAAAGCUAAAGAUAGAGGUAUUCCAACUAGCACAAGAACUAGCGCAAGCUCGUUCCGAGAUUGAGGAUCUUCGACGAAUGGUUGGAGAAGAAAAACAACGAGAAAAAGAGGCACUUGCAACAGAAACAGUAGAGUUAGAUGCUCUUCUGGAACAUCAGUACCCCAAGCUGCGAGUGCGCAGUACAUGGGACUCUGAAAAUACAACACCACUGAGCCCUAUAUCAGCUCACCGCUCCAGUAUAUCUCCACGAUCAACUGAAUACAGUUAUGAAGAGAAUGUCUUCCAACUAUCAGAUUAUAGGAUUGACUCUACAUCAAGUAGUCCGCUUCAACAGCUUGCGUUUGUAACUUCUUUCCCUAAGGUUCCACUUGACAUUCACGGGACAGAAACUAUACACCAAUCUCAUGUUCACAUAGAGGAGAUUGCAGAUCAACCUCAUGUUCAGGAGGAUCCGUUUGAUGAAAUGGCUGACGAGAAUUCGGAGGAUAACUGUAGGGAUGUUCGGUGCAUAGAAACAGAGAAGUCAGAUAUCACUAUAAGUCCAGAGGAAAAUACACCCGAGAGCAGUCCAGAAAAUUUCGAGGCUGUACAUGUAGAAGAACCAGUAUGUGUGACAGAGCCAAAGAACUUACUUCCCCACACAGAAGCUAAACACGAAGAAGAAGAAAGGGUAAAGGAAGUCAGCUGUGCCUCUCCUCAACCAAAACAAGAAAGCUAUCUCAAGAAAACUCCUCCACUCUGUGAUUUUGAAUGUUCUCCUGAUAAGUUUGAUACAAGCAUCGCUAACCUGAGAAGAAUCCCGACGCCUCCAGAACUUAUCACUCCCUCUCCUGAAAAGCCUUUCUCUUGGUAUAGGGAGAGAGAUUCACAACCGUUAGCAGGCAUGAAGCUGACUAGAAGUCAAAGCUGCCGAGCAAGCUUAUUAUGGAGCUCUUCCUCCUCUUGGGUUGAGAAAGAUGCUGAUACACCGCCAAGCUGGUACGAGAAAGAAUUUGUCAAAACAGCUGAGAGAAACCUGGAAAUGUGCGACAUCAAGAACGAGAGGUCUCUGCAGGAUGAGUUUAGCGGGAGGAGCAUGCCAACAACUUGGUUUGAGAGAAGCUUGAGUGACACUGAAACUCCAGACAAGUGGUAGAGCUUCAAUAAGCCAGGACAGAACAGAGGAGACUGCUGCUCAAAAAGACAAGCAAAUCAUUCAUCGCUCGAUGGAGGAAAUGGAACAGAAGUUCUUGGCCAUGAGUUCAACAAAGAGUUUCAAGGACGCAGCGAUGGACCCAAUACAAGACUACUUAGACACGCCCUUGAAUUGGCCGGUGGAGUUCAAGAGGCUGCAGAGGGAGAUAAUAGAGCUAUGGCACGUGUGUAACGUCUCUAUGGCACACAGAAGCUACUUCUUCCUUCUGUUCAGAGGAGAUCAGAAAGAUUGCUUGUACUUGGAGGUAGAGCUCCGUAGACUUAAGUACAUCAGAGAAUCUUUUGCUCAAAAUAGCAACGAUAUGACCCUCAUCUCCUGCAGGAGGGCGUUGACGAGGGAGAGGUAUAAGCUGAGCAAGCUGAUGCAGAGGAAACUGUCGAAAGAAGAGAGAGAGAACUUGUUCUUGAGAUGGGACAUUGGGCUCAACACGAGGCACAGGCGGGUCCAGCUGGCACAGCGGCUCUGGUCGGAUUGCAAAGACAUGGGUCAUGUCCGGGAGAGCGCCUCCCUGGUCGCUAAGCUAAAUGGGUUCGUGGACAUGAAUUUGACUUCCACAGAGAUGUUUGGCGUCAACUUUGCUUUCAGACCACCUCGUCCCAAGAAACCCAGUCUUUGGAAACGCAGCGUUUUGUCCCUUUCCUUUUUGUAAACUUAACUAAAAAAUAAAUAAAGGAAAUUUUGUUUAAUGUACCACAUUCCCUACAAAACUUUCUAAAUGUACCACAAUAAAAAUUCAUUUUCUGA